AUGGCGCCUCUUAUCCCAUCGCAGGAGGAGCUUGAUCGUAGAAGGAUCGUCGGUAUCAACCCAGAGACGGUCACCAAUAUCCCCUCCACAGAUUUUCCGGGUCACUGGCCCGGCGAGUCGCAUGAAUGGAAUUUGGAAACAUUCAGAGAUGGCUUCCGAGUCGAGUUUCAUCGCAAUGACCCGUUCGAAUCCUCCUUCUCCUUGAUUGGACUUGAUGCCUCCAUCGCAAAUGCUUUCCGUCGAAUUUUGAUGGCUGAAGUGCCAACCCUGGCCAUCGAGUAUGUUUUUGUUCACAACAACACUUCCGUUAUACAGGACGAAGUUCUCGCUUCGCGAUUGGGUCUGAUCCCGUUGAAAGGCUCAGUAGAGGGUCUCAACUGGAUGCGCUGGUUUAAGAAGCCCACAGAGGACGAUCCUGAAUCUGGCAGCACCCCCGCCGACUACAACACCAUCGUUUUACGCUUGGAUGUUGAGUGUACCGAGAACCCCAAUGCUGCUCCGGGCGAGGAUGACCCUCGCAAACUUUACAAGAACGCGCAUGUUUAUGCCAAGGAUAUCACCUUCCACCCGGUCGGACGUCAGGAACAAUUUUUCACUGGCGACGGUGCAAUUCAGCCCGUCAAUCCAGAUAUUCUGAUCGCCAAGCUACGUCCAGGACAGAAGAUCGAUAUGGAGUUGCACUGCAUCAAAGGGAUCGGAGCUGAUCACGCCAAGUUCUCGCCCGUGGCUACCGCAACAUACCGCCUCAUGCCAGACAUCAAGAUUCUCCGCCCUAUCAUCGGUGAAGACGCCAAGAAAUUCGCCAAAUGCUUCCCCAAGGGAGUUGUUGAGCUGGAGCCCGUUACGUCGAGGGAAGCCGCGCAGAAAGGAAGCGAAUAUGAGGGUCGUGCAGGCGAGAUGAAGGCCGUGGUUCGUGACCCUUUCAAGGAUACCGUCAGCAGAGAGUGCCUGCGACACGAAGAAUUCCAAGGCAAGGUGAAGCUGGGCCGCAUUCGCGAUCAUUUCAUCUUCAACGUUGAGAGCACUGGCCAGUUUGAAAGUGACUAUCUUUUCCUCGAAAGUGUGAAGGUGCUCAAGCUGAAAUGCGCGAGAUGGAAGCGAGGCUUGACGGAUCUCAUGCGGUAA